AUGCACUUUUCUUAUGGGACUGUCCAUAAGAGAAAUCCGAUAAAGAUAUAUAUAUGCAUAUAUAUAAUUGAAGAUUGAUUAUAAUUUGAUUGAUUUUCCGUCUCCGACCGAGUGGGAAAACGCAGAGAGAAAAAAAGAGAAAAUGGCGUCAUGGAAUUCGGUUCCGUUGGAGAUCACGUACGAAGUUCUGGGUUGGAUUGCUUUCGUUGCUUGGUCUAUCAGUUUCUACCCACAAGUCAUCUUGAAUUUCCGCAGAAAAAGCGUUGUGGGGUUGAACUUUGAUUUCGUGGUGCUGAACUUGACGAAGCACUCGUCGUAUCUCAUUUACAACGCGACUCUCUACUUCAGCUCCGCUGUUCAAAAACAAUAUCGCGACAAGUACGGCUCCGGAGAGAUGAUACCCGUAGCAGCAAAUGAUGUCGCUUUCUCAACUCACGCCGUUAUAUUAACAGCAAUAACCUUGUUCCAGAUUGCAAUUUAUGAGCGUGGAGCACAAAAAGUCUCCAAGAUUAGUCUCGCAAUUGUUUCUGCUGUGUGGUUAGCUGCUGGAGUUUGUUUUUUCAUUGCUUUGCCAAAGCAUUCUUGGCUUUGGUUGAUCUCAAUAUUCAACGGAAUCCAAGUAUUUAUGACAGUCAUCAAAUAUAUUCCUCAGGCUUUCAUGAACUUCAGGAGGAAGAGUACCGACGGAUUCAGCAUCGGCAACAUUUUACUUGACUUUUCGGGAGGAGUUGCAAACUAUGCACAGAUGACUGUACAGUCUAUAGAUCAAAAUUCUUGGGUGAACUUCUAUGGAAAUAUAGGAAAGACUCUGCUAUCUUUGAUAUCUAUCUUCUUUGACCUCCUUUUCAUGUGUCAACAUUUCCUGCUAUAUCCUGGCCGGAGAGAACUGAUCCCUCCCAAAACCGUCAAGGCAAUAGAGCCACUUAUGCAGUCCUCAGAUCGCACGGAGACGGAGUCAGAAAACGUGUGAGGCUUAACCUGCUUCACAGGACAUGAUACUCGGCUACAUAUAUUCUUUAAAUGCCAAAAAACUAGUACAACUCCUUAAGAAUUGCCCUCUCUUUAGACAUCGUAUACAAGAAAAACAUUUCUUGUGGAACAUUCAUAGUUGUAUAAGGUCUGAAAAUUGGUGCACUUUUGCAGUAGCUGGCCUGUUAUUAAAUUAAAGCAAUUCAAUGUGAUUGUGCCACUUCUUAGUUCUAAUCAAGCUACAAAGUUGACGUUUUCCAUUCUCGCAAGCAAGCCAAUAGCAAAUUGAUGAAAAUGGUCAAUGCCAGUUUUUGUUGUUGCAGAUUAAAUCCAGGUGACAAUUGGCACCGCAAAA